ACGAGGUGUACACUGAUAAAUAGGCUGGGAAUCUAGCAGCAUCUGCAUACUGUGGCUACCUAGGUAGAUAGAUUAAAUACCAUACAUGCCGUCAAGUGCGAACUAAGCGUAGGCAAAUUGUUCGUUUAAUUUUGAUUGGUUGACCCUCUUCUUACAUGUCCCUGAUGCCGUGCAAGUCGCUGACAAAUUCGUCCGAAUUUUCGUCCGAAUCUUCUUGGCAUUAAGGUUAGGGUCAAGAAGUAAUCUGUUCCCAACGAGCAAGAAGGAAAGAUACCUGCUCUUCGAGGAAUUUCCUAAUAUUUCUUUUAAUUGGAAUAUAGUUAAUUUCUUUACAGACCGUUACUUAAAAUACCUAUCUAGGUACCUCCUAUGUGCGUGUAACUUCAGUUUAUAUAUCUAUAAAACGUAACCACAGACUGUUACUUGCUCGCGGAUCAAAUAUAGAUGUCUCACGCCGUGACGCGAACCUUGAGUGGAGGCGACCCUAGUGCGAAGAGGAGAAAAGUUCGUAAGGGGACGCACAGUUGCUGGGAAUGUAGGAGGAGAAAGACCCGGUGCCAAUAUGCAUUUAGCACAUCUGCCGUCUGCAAGGGAUGUGAAGUCCGGGGAACGGCCUGCGUGAGCCAGGAGUUUCCAGAUGUGCAACCUCCAGCUUCAGAAUCAGGACUAUCACAACGAUUGAACAAUGUUGAGGUUCUGUUGGAGAAGCUCGUGGAGCAGACUACGUCCCAUGCUUAUACUCCUAGCCAUACGGGUGACCCCUUUACUCCCUCCGUUUCGGCCGAAGAUAAACUAGGUUCGUCCCCUCAUAUGCUUAGUCCGUCUGCGGCCGGGAACCCCCCUGUCGUGGGUAUGUUCGAUGCUCUGCGGGAGGACACUGUAUAUGGCUCUUCCGUUCGCGCGUCCUUUCUGCCGACGCCAGCAUCGAUCCAGGCCCAGCUAGCACCCUCCCUUCCUGUCAAGUAUGCCCAGAUAUCGAGGAUACUUCACGCAGCGUUCCCAUGUCAGCACGACAUCAACGCCAUAAUACAGGCGGCAGGCCCCAGUGCGGAGUUCGUCGUAACAUACUUCAACGGUCCCAAUGAUCCGAGUUACUCUAUAUUCGUCGACUCGGAAGUCCCACCCGCAUCAAGCCACCCCGCCUUACUAGCGAAGCGGUUGAUACAGGUCGCUCUCUGCAUGCAGAGGACGCCUGUACAGAAUUUCCCCAAGAAUCUCAUCUCGAAAGAGCCGAUCCGAGCCCAAGCGUCUAGAUUGGCCAGCCUUAUCUCAGACCUUUUUGCAUCUCAGGAUGACCUUAUGGGCUCGUGUGAAGGUCUCGAAACACUUAUUUUCAUAUCGUUGUAUCACUCUAACGCGGGGAACAUGCGGAAAUCAUGGUUAAAUCUUCGCCGCGCUAUUGCUGUCGCUCAGCUUAUGGGCGUUGACAGAUGGCCGACUGAUAAGCGGCUAAAGUCGGUCGACCCAAAGUCAGACCCGGCGACUCGUCUCCGGGGUAGCACGUUGUGGUAUCGCAUAAACUUCAACGAUCGCUUCUUGUCCCUACUCCUCGGCCUCCCCGCGGCCAGCGAAGACAACUCCUUCGCUACCCCUGAGCGGAUGGAAGGGGAUUCUCCGGUCCACAAGCUCACCAAACUACACACUGCCAUCAGCAGCGCCAUCAUCAAGCGGAAUGCGGGUUCCAAUGGAAAAGGGGCGGCUGCUGCUGAUGCUAGCUUUGGUAUGACGCAUGAUAUUGACCGCAGCCUCGAGGCUGCUGCUAAGUCUAUGAGUUCUGAAUGGUGGCAGCCGGUGGAACCUCCCGAUCUAGCCACUGCACCCGCAAAAGAGCUGCUUGACGCUCAUCUGCAUGUGAUGAUGCAGAUGAAUCAUCAUCAUCUCCUUAUCCUAACACACCUGCCAUAUUUCAUCCGCGAUCCCAAAGAACGGCGAUGGGACUAUAGCAAAACCACCUGCCUCCACGCCUCGCGCAAGGUCCUCGAAGCCUACCUCGUCUUCCGCCACCUGACGGACGUGGCUGGGGCCUGUCGGCACACGGACUACGGGGCGCUGACGGCGUCGAUGACGCUGCUGCUGGGGUACCUGGACCCGAAGCUGCGGGGGCGCGACCGGGAGACGAGCCGGCGGCGCAGCGCAGACCGCAGGCUGGUCCUCGCGGUCCGCGACGUGGUGCGCGACAUCGCCGAGCGCGAGGACGACAAGAUGUCCCGCGAGACCGCGGACAUCAUCACCCGCCUCCUCCCCCUCACGGAGGUCGGCCUCGUCGCCAAGAGCAGCAGCAGCCCCCCCAACAGCGCCCCCGUCCGCCUCGAGAUCCCGUAUCUCGGCACUAUCAACAUCAACCCCGUCAGCAGGCGCAUGCUGCCGCAGGACCGCGAUCGCCCCGGGCAAUACCACCACCAGCCCGACUCCAACGAGGAUGACUCGAGCAGCGCCGCCGGGCCGCCGGCCCCCGUCAGCUAUGGCGGCAGCAGCAGCGGCGACAACGACGGGGGAUUCGUAGAGCAAGACGACUUACAGAGCUCCUCCUCCUCCACGGCGGAAAAUGCGUAUAAGAACCGCAGCACGCCGGUAGAUCCCAUUUUACAGCAGCAGCAGCAGCAGUCGCGCCCCGAAGCAUCCUCGAGCUUCUUGAGUAUGCUCGGGGAAGACGCGAAUUUCACCCUCGUGCAAUUCGAGCCGCAGGACGCGUCGCCUCCUUACCCGCUGCCGGAAAUCGCGGCCGACAUGAACGAGUGGCCGUUCCAGGGAUUCGACGCUAAUUUCUUUGAGAACCUGUUUUCGUAAUAGGUUGGGUGCCUGGGUACGUACGUACCUAAGUCAAUAUGGCCUCGAUAUACAUAUACGAGGUACCUAAGUUGACAUAGCCUCGACAUAUACGUACAUUAGGUACCAACGACAUCUAGGAGGUAUAUAGGUACCUAACGUUAGUAUUCCAUUUACACUUUCUACGGACGAUAUU